CCCCCUCCCCGUGUCCUCAAGUCCAUCCUCUACGUCUUUAUACCUGUCCUGCCCCUAUUCCCUGUUGUUCUUGUUAUUAAAUUCAGUGCCCAGUGUCCCACUCUGAGUUAUGGAGCACCAUAGUUCAGCCCCAUAAGAUCAUUUGCUGUUUCCCGCGCCUUCUGGCUUGCUUUCCAUACUUCUGUACCUGCUGCUGCCUCUGCUUGCCCCGCUCUCCUUCCUCGAACCUGCUUAUUGAUGAAGGUUCAGUGCAAGUGUUCUUUCUCCCAGAAGCCUUCCUUGACCACCCCCUACCCCACACACAGCACACUUAUGUCACUCUUUUGUCCCGUGUUACACACAUACGUGUAUCGUAGCCGUUUAUCUCGGUGGUAUAACUUUUUCCAGGAUAAAUGGGAAAGAAGCUCACUUUUACUGACUGCCCUUCAGUAUUUCAUCUAAUGCACACACAACCCAGUGAGGUGGGUGGCGGUCACCUCAUUUGGGAGCUGAGAAACCUGAUAAUGAAAACUAUUAACUAACUUCCCCAAAGACAUACAGCCAGUGAAAAUCAGAGCUGAGCUCCGUCACCCGGUCGGCUUCAAUCUAAAUCAGCCUCUGUUCUUUCAGCUACGCCCACGCCACAUUCCUAAGUUUAAACCAUGUUUUAGAAGCUGAUGUUUGUUUUGAUGGGUGCUCCGUUGGUUACGCAAGCAUGGUUUUGUUCUGAACUUGAUUUCAGUGUGGCGGGCGCCGGAUGAAUGUUCUGUCCCCUCGUCACGCAAGCACGCUUUUCUUGGACCAAUUUCAAACACUGGCCAAAUUCACAGGCACAUUUUGCGCUGUCACCAUACUUUCUUGAAACAAAAUCUUUCUGACUGAUUUGUAAUCGACAAUCAUUUUUUAAAACUAGUAACCCCUUAUUUGUAAUGUUCUUAAAAUCUCAUAGUCAUAUACUUCGUGACUCCUGUGUUGGCUUUUUCUUUUCUGAUUAUUGACUCUGUGCCCCCAAAAGUUAACGUUGCCGGGUCCAUAACUUCUAGGUCAGAUUUCCAAGUAGUAUCACUAGGAAUUUGAAAUCAUUUUACUCACCUUUCCUCCACUUCCCAAGCUUCUACCCCUACAUGAUAUUCACACGGUAAGGUAUAUCAUACUCCUAAUCAGUUAUCGUGUGGGGAGAAACUGAUAACAUACGGUUAAAAUAAGGCAACUCAAAUAAGGAUAGAAUGGAGUGAUAACAUUACAAGUCAGAGUAGCAAAAAAUAAAGUUGUUCAGAGUAAGAGCAUCGCUGGUAGCUGUGUCCCUCCCUUUCACUAACCCCCGUGUCCAGUGUGUUGGCAAGGCCUGUGAGUUCUGCCUUUAAAGUUAUCUCAAAUCCACGCAUUUCUCUCCAUUGUCUGGGCUUUACUCUACUUUAAGCCACCAUCACCUCUUUCCUGGAAACUUCCAAUAAUCCCUUGAGUGAUCUCCCUGAGUCUACAUCCCUCACCACCGUUCACACUUCUGCCCCUUUGUCAUCUCCACACAGCAACCAGAGAAGCUCUUUAAACCGUAAAUCACAUCUUGUCACUCCUCUGCUGAAGCGAAUAAUGAACUUUGUAUAUAGUACCUUGGCAAAGCAGACAGUACAUUAAUCUGGAUAUUUCCUGCUCCAAAUUACCCAGAGUAAGACAUUUUAAUUGCCCAAAUUUGGAAAGAUUAUGAGCCCCGCCCCCAUCCAGACUUCUCUGUAUAUUCUCGUCCAACACAGAGCAAUGAUAGAGAAAAUGUGCUCUCCUAUAAAACAUGCCUUGCAUUCUGCAACUGGCCUUAACUAGACAGCUGCCUUUUUGCCUGGGGCAGAGAGCCAGUGUGUCUAGAUUCAGGUAACAGAGGCAGCGUGAAUGAAGCUUUAGAAAUAUAGUUUUCACAGGUCUGGAUCGAACUGUGGCAGUGGUGCUAUUGUUCUAACGCCAGCUGUACUGAAAAGGGAGGCAAGAAUGCCAAAUGAAAAGUUGUCUGUUAAAAGAUGUCAGUCUUGCACAGAGGAAAAAGUGAUAGCAGUUGUUAAGUGUAUGAGUGCUUGUACAAAAGUGAGUUGGAUCACAGUAUAUUAACAUACACCUAAAUACAGUUGUGCUGUAUUCAUUAAAGCUUCGAUCUGAAUCUGUACCAAGACCGUUGUACUCUGAAAAAUGUAUCCUUGUGUGAGGUUAAGUCAAUGAAAACACCAGAAUUCCUGAGUAGGGAAAAACAGGCACGUGUGUGUGUGUGUGUGUGUGUGUGUGUGUGUGUGUGUGUAAUGCUAAUGAGUCAUUGCCAAAUAAAAGCACACAUAUAUUCAUAUAUAUGUACUUAACUUUAACUUGUCAUUAGUAGAUGAAACAGAUGUUCAUAUCUUUCAACAGAUAUUUAUCAAACACUCAGUGUUGACCAAACUUAAGUUGUAAAAACCUGGAUUAGCCACUUCCUCGUUGUCGCUCGGGGUCAGUCACCCUUAAGUCAGCUUCCUGCAUUCUCAUCCCCCCUCCAGUUCUGCAACUCAGUAAAAGAAGAAAAAAGAGAAAAUAUGUGCAUACGCCUAUAGAGUAAAAAACUAGGUCAGACUCCUCCUGUCACAUGAUCGUCCUUUCAUUGGUUCCUCCAACCCACUCUGCCUUCCUUUUUUUUUUUUAAAUCAUUGUGGUACAUUCACUAACUGUGCUUUUUACUGUGGGCCCUUUAAGCAAGACCAACUGAGCAACUGUCACAGGGGCUGCAACUGUCAUAGAUUCUGCAAAUUUGCUUCUGGGCUCUUAAAUGCAUUUAGUUUAGGAGAGCCUUAAGUAUUAAUCAUGGCUUCUGAUUCAAACCCAGCCCCUGAGGAUACUUUUCAAGCUCCAGUGUGCUGCUCUGCUCGUUACAACCUAGCAUUUUUGGCCUUUUUUGGUUUCUUCGUUCUCUAUUCAUUACGGGUGAAUCUGAGUGUGGCGUUAGUGGAUAUGGUAGAUUCCAACACGACUACAGCAGAUAAUAGAACUGCCAACGAGUGUGCAGAGCAUUCCACUUCCAUAAAAGUUCUUCACAACCAAACGGGUAAAAAGUACCGAUGGGAUGCAGAAACUCAAGGAUGGAUUCUCGGGUCUUUUUUUUAUGGCUACAUCAUCACGCAGAUUCCUGCAGGAUAUGUUGCCAGCAGAAGUGGGGGGAAACUGCUGCUGGGAUUUGGGGUCCUUGGCACCUCUGUCUUCACUCUGUUCACUCCCCUUGCUGCAGAUUUCGGAGUUGGAGCCCUCAUUGCACUCAGGGCCCUAGAAGGACUAGGAGAGGGUGUCACAUUUCCCGCCAUGCAUGCCAUGUGGUCUUCGUGGGCUCCUCCUCUUGAAAGAAGCAAGCUUCUCAGCAUUUCAUAUGCAGGAGCACAGCUUGGGACAGUAGUUUCUCUUCCUCUUUCUGGUAUAGUUUGCUUCUAUAUGAAUUGGACUUACGUCUUCUACCUCUUUGGUAUAGUUGGAAUCAUUUGGUUUAUUUUGUGGAUCUGGUUAGUUAGCGAUACACCAGAAACUCACAAGACAAUCUCCCCCUAUGAAAAGGAAUACAUUCUUUCAUCGUUAAGAAAUCAGCUCUCUUCACAGAAGUCAGUGCCAUGGGUACCUAUGCUGAAAUCACUAGCACUUUGGGCUAUUGUAGUUGCACAUUUUUCUUACAACUGGACUUUUUAUACUCUAUUGACCUUAUUGCCUACUUACAUGAAGGAGGUCCUAAGGUUCAGUAUUCAAGAGAAUGGGUUUUUAUCUGCAGUCCCUUAUUUAGGCUGCUGGUUAUGUAUGAUCCUGUCUGGUCAGGCCGCUGACAAUUUAAGGGCAAAAUGGAAUUUUUCAACUCUAUGUGUUCGAAGAGUUUUUAGCCUUAUAGGAAUGAUUGGACCUGCAGUAUUCCUGGUAGCCGCUGGAUUUAUAGGUUGUGAUUAUUCUUUGGCUGUUGCGUUCCUAACCAUAUCCACAACACUGGGAGGCUUUUGCUCCUCUGGAUUUAGCAUCAACCAUCUGGACAUUGCUCCUUCGUAUGCUGGUAUCCUCCUGGGCAUCACAAAUACCUUUGCCACUAUACCUGGAAUGAUUGGUCCCAUCAUUGCUAGAAGUCUGACCCCUGAGAACACUGUUGGAGAAUGGCAAACUGUUUUCUGCCUUGCUGCUGCUGUCAACGUAUUUGGCGCCAUUACCUUCACACUGUUCUCCAAAGGCGAAGCACAAAACUGGGCUGUUAGGGAUCACGGUGGACCCAGAAACUGAAGGAACCAAUAAAUAAUCCUGUCUCGAUGUAUUUUUGUUUAUCAUGUAACCUAGCAGUGCCUUUGAUAUUUUAAUGUGUAAGCAAUCUAUAUAUAAGAAAAAAUCGUACUGUAUUAAAUUUUUAGGGCCUGUAAUCAUGAAAUGUCCCUAGUUGCCAGAUUCGUAAAAUUAGCUGUUUUUAAUUAUUAAUAACACAUUUGCUAGAACUUACAAUUCAGGGUCACAUACCUGGCUGCAAGUCAGGCAAUCUGAAAGAGGGGAGUUCUGUUUAUUUUCAAGACCAUACUUAAAGGGACGAGCAGAAACGGACCCCUCUAUACCUUUGCUUAAGCUGGAUAGUAAUUCUCAGGUCCUGGUAAACACCUUUUUUUGUACACUUUCCUCAGAAACUUAUCUGUCAUCAACAUUCCCUGACACUUAGCUCUCAAACUUCAGCAUCUCCACGGAGCUGCCAGCCACUGUAUCAUUCAGCCUGGCAACUUCACUGAGGGGAGCGUGCCCAGGCCGCUGCCAGGCGUUCCCUCUCUGGCUGCAGGGACAGUGCCCAGCACUUACCAGAGGCAGCAUCCAAGACCAGGGUCAGCGCCAAGGCUUUGGAUGGUGUCAUUCCCCUGGGGCUGUUAACGAGUGGCUGAAGCCCUGAGCCGGCAGGGACAGCGCAGUCCAAAGCCAUGGCUUCCGUGCCCCUCACCCAUCCCUUCCCAGCACGCUGGAAGACUGCCUGCCAUGUAACCUGCAAAAGAAAGUAUGAGGCCCAAUUAGCCACAAGUAGCAUCAUCCCACCUUCGUGUGGGAUCAGAGUAUAAAUUUUCAAGUCCUGUGUUCUAUGAGCUCCACCAGGAUAAUUAAAUUUAAAAAAAGCACUCUCACAUGUUUUCUCUCUGUCUUACGUGUCAGUGUCUGGUCGCAGCUCAAGGUUAGGGUGACUCUUACUUCCGCAGCACCUGCAACCAGUGGGGUGACCGUCUUUACUGCUGGUCUCUGAAAGCUCAUUCUGCCAGUUUCUCCUGGGCCAUCGUCCAGUGGUUUUUGAGCGUGCUUCGAGGGCAUUUAUGUGGUUUGGAACUUGAUUUACGUUUUGUUGUGUAUGUUCAACACUACCUGUAACAUCUUAACUAAAGCUAUUUAAUGUAAUAUGACGUGUACACAUUUCUGUAAAUUUAUUUUUAAAUCUGUAAAUAACUUUAAGUUGCUAUGGUGAUUUUUCUUUUAUAAAUUAUCAAAAUAAACCUUUUUGGAUUGAU